AGUUUAUUAAAGCUUGUAUAUUUGUAUUUAGGGCUCAAAUGCUAAUGAAGUCUCGUUUACAAGGAGCACAAAAGGGACAUGGAUUAUUGAAGAAAAAAGCAGAUGCACUUCAAAUGCGUUUCAGGAUGAUCCUGGGGAAAAUUAUAGAAACCAAAACUCUGAUGGGUGAGGUGAUGAAAGAAGCAGCUUUCUCAUUGGCUGAAGCAAAGUUUGCUACAGGAGAUUUCAAUCAGGUAGUUUUGCAAAAUGUAACAAAAGCACAGAUCAAAAUCCGUUCUAAGAAGGAUAACGUUGCUGGUGUGAAUCUACCGAUAUUCGAAUCUUAUCAGGAUGGAACGGAUACUUAUGAAUUAGCAGGUCUUGCCAGAGGUGGUCAGCAAUUGGCCAAACUGAAGAAGAAUUAUCAGCGAGCAGUGAAACUGCUCGUAGAAUUGGCGUCGUUGCAAACAAGUUUUGUUACUCUAGACGAAGUUAUCAAGAUUACAAAUCGACGUGUUAAUGCUAUCGAACACGUUAUCAUCCCACGAAUUGAGAGAACGCUAGCUUAUAUUAUUUCAGAGCUUGACGAGCUUGAAAGAGAAGAAUUUUAUCGGCUGAAGAAGAUUCAAGACAAGAAAAAAAUUGCUAAGGCAAAGGCCGAAGUGAAAAGGGCAGAAUUGAUUGCAGCUGGACUUGAUUUAGAUGCUGCAAAUCUACUCGACGAAAGUGAUGAUGAUGUGCUGUUUUAAAUAUUGUAAAUAAUACAUUAUAAAUAUUAAGAUGUUGAUAUCUAAAAAAAGAAAAGAUAUUUAGAAAUGUAUGUCACAGUCACGAUAGUCUUAUUUGUACAUUUUAAAGAUUGUCGUUGAUGAUCCGUAAAAUAUCUAUCUAAACAAAUCAUUGUUAUCUAUUUUUUUUUGUUUAUUUCUUGAAAAAAUACAUUUUACCGUAUUUGUUGCACAGUAAUUUGUAAAAAUAAGCAAUUAUCUAUAUAUAUAUAUAUAUCAUGUUAAGAGCAACAGUAGCGCUGUUAUUUCUUAAAAAUUAUUCCGAAUAUUUUAAUUCUAAAUAACAAAAUAUUUUAAUUCUGUACAUCAUAAAUCAUUCCAUGAUUAUUCAUAUUAUUUCCGGUAUUUUAUGAUAGAAAUUGUAUGAUCGGAUAGUACAGCAACAAUUAUAAAUAUAAUAAAUAUGUACAUACAUA